GGCUUUGCCGAGUCCUAUGGAAUCGGCGCCAACGAUCUGGCCAAUGCUUUUGGCACAUCCGUCAGCGCCAAGGCACUCAAGUAUUGGCAAGCAGUGCUAGUGGCGGCUGUGUUUGAGUUCCUAGGAGCUGUCCUGCUGGGAGCCAACAACACAGACACCAUGAAGUCUGGAGUGGCAGACCCCAAAGCUUUCGAAUCCCGGCCCGAAAUCCUGAUGUACGGCAUGCUGUGCGUCAUGAUCGCCGCCGCCUUCUGGGACAUCUUCUCCUGCACCCUGGAGCUGCAGGUGUCCACCACCCACACCACCGCUGGUGCCCUGAUGGGCAUGGCGCUCGCCUCAUACGGCAGCGAUGCCGUCAUCUGGAGCGCCUCCUCCUCCACCUUCCCGGGCGCGUCUGCUCUGUUCAUGGGCUGGGGCACGUCGCCCAUCCUGGCCAUGUUCUUCUCCGGCACGCUCUUCUUCCUGGUCCGCACGUUUGUGAUGCGCUCCAAGGACCCCUUCACCCGCGCCCUGUGGGUCAUGCCCCUCGCCGUCUGGCUCACCGUGUUUGUCAUCGUCUUCACCGUCAUCCAGACCGGCAACAAGAACAAGACGUGGGACACCGUCGCCAAUGGCACCGCCGUCUGGAUCAGCGUGGUCGUCGCUGUCGGCAUCUCCGUCUCCAGCGCCUUGGUGUUCAUCCCCUUCAUGAAGCGCACCAUCGCCGUCAAGGAUGCGGAGCAGUACCUCCAGGUGUUCAGCGCCUGCACCAUGUCCUUUGCCCACGGAGCCAACGACGUGGCCAACGCCAUGGGCCCCUUUGCCGCCGUUUACUACAUCUGGCAGAACUCCGAGGUGCCCGGCAGCAAGGUGCCGGUGCCCACCUGGAUUCUGGCCUUUGGCGGCGUGGGCAUCGUGAUCGGCCUGGCCACCUACGGCUGGCACAUCAUGGGCCUGUACGGCGCCAAGUCUGUCAUGAUCUCCAACUCACGCGGCUUCUGCAUUGAGCUUGCCACCGCCAUGACGGUCAUCUUUGCCGCGCGCUGGGGCAUUCCCAUCUCAACCUCCCACACCUGCGUGUUUGCCGCGGUGGCGGUGGGCUGCUUUGAGGGCUGGCGGGGCGUCAACUGGUUCAUGGUUCUGCAGACCAUCUGCGCCAUGUUCAUCACGCUC